AUGAUGGGCAAGGUGCAGAUCAAGCUCUGGAUGAGUGGAGGAGACAUAGGGCGGAGAGUGCUGCCAGUCGCGUGGUGGAGAAGAUACUGCCAGGCGGACGAUAACGUCACUUGUACAGCACGGCACAAGCCUCGACGAGGCCAGCAUGACAAGAUACAGAUAGACAGCAUUACAGCAUGA